AUGUCUAGCACAAGCUCAUCUUCCUCUCUUCUUACGCCGCAAACAUCAUCGAUUUCCUCUCUCCCGACUGUGAUACCCUUCAUCAACAUCGACGAAGUUAUCAUGGCCGCCGAAACCAUUACGCACAUUGUUCUCUUCAAAUAUCGCUCAGAUAUAACAUGGAGCGACCUAGAAGACCACUUCAAAUACUUCAUGUCGCUGAAGACCCGCUCCUUACACCCUCAAACUGGCUUGCCACUCAUCAAAUCCUUGCGCGCCGGAAAGAAUACAUCUUGGGAGCCGCACUCGAAGGGCAUGACGCAUGCAUUUAUUCUAGAGUUUGCUUCACAAGAUGAUUUGGAUUACUAUCUGACAGCGGAGCCGGUGCAUGUGCAGUUUUCGCGGGAUGCGAAACCAUUAAUCGAAGACUCCUUGGUUGUGGAUAUCAAAGAUGGCGUAUUAUUUGGCGCCAAGGCGGAGCAUCCACUGCUCAAACAGAACGAGGGCGUAUGGAGAGGAAGCUGUCACUGUGAAACAGUGCGGUGGACGGUACGCUUAGAGAGCGCAGAGCAUGUGCUUUGCCAUUGUGCGACGUGUCAGAAGCUUGGAGGCGGGCCGUACUCGUGCAAUCAGAUCAUUCCAAAAGAUGAGCUUAGCAUUGUAUUGGGUAAAGGAAAUGUUGGCGAGUACAAGUACAAGGGCGCAAGUGGUGAGUUUGCAAGACACUUCGAACUGGGCUUGUGGGCGACCGUGCUAACGAAUGAAACAGGAAAAUCCGUGCAUUGCUACUUCUGCAAAACUUGCACCAGUCACAUCUAUCACCACCAAGAUGUCAUGCCUGAGAAGGUCAUUGUACGGACGUUAUUGCUCGAAGGCGGAAAUAAGAUGCCAGCUACAGGAGAAAUAUUUGCGGAGGGAAGAUUAAACUGGGUAAAAGAGCUCCGGGAUAACCUGGAGACCACCAACUAG